AUGCUCCACGAAAUUCUCCUUUCCCUCUCGGGCCACCCCUCCCCUCUCCUCACCACCACCCACUCAUCCCCCACCUCAAUACUCUCGCCCCCAGAAAAAGCCCUCCUAGCCUCCAUCGCCCACCUAAGUGACAUUCACUGCAAGCUCCUCGCACACACAGCAAGCAUCUCCUCCACGCACCCUAGCAGCAUCUGCCAAGCUGUAGCAACAACCAUCCGCUCCGUGCACCUCGCUGCCUUCCAACGCAAAGUGUUGCAGGUGGAAGAAGGCAUCUUGAAGAAGGAUGCGGGAAGCGUCGGCGCGUAUAAUAUUGUGCCGUUGACGGGGGUGGUUGAGGAGUUUGCGCCCUGGACGAGACGCAUGGAAUGGUUUCUACGGGUGGUGGAUGUUAUGAGGGGGAGGGAGCGUAGUGGUGCGGCAGUCAUUGAUUGGCUUUGUAAGGAGCUGCAGACGGGGUAUGUGGAUGUUGAGGAGGCGGCCGGGAGUCUUGUGAGGGUUGCGGAGACGGCGUGGUUGAAGCAGGUUUCGGGGUGGGUUCUUUAUGGGCGGUUGCCGGGCUUUGGGAGAGAGGACUUUUUUGUGCAGGUGGUUGAGGGGGAUGUCGAGGAGUAUGACUGCUUCUUUGCUCUUCAUCGGCCGGUCGCUAAUCAUAUUCGAGUGAAAGGCAUAUCGAGUGCUACUUCUCCCGAGCUGGAACUCCUUUCCUCUCACCUGAAGGAACUCUCAACCUUGAAAUUUCCAAUUAACGGCGCCCAUUUCUCAAGAGUUAUAGCUUCCAUCCGUCUAUCGUUGUCUCAAACUACACUCCAGCAGCUUUUACCACUGAGCAAAGUCAUGGAGAUAUUGUCACUUCUGCGGCAAUUCUUCUUACUCAGCCGUGGCGAGUUUGCCAUAGCAUUGAUCAGUGAAGCAGAUGAGAAAAUCCGUUCACGAUGGCGUCGUUCAGAUAACUUGAGCUACGAGAAACGAGACGACUGGGGAAAUAUCGUUGUCAAGGACGGUGAGGUCUCUGCAGUGUUGGCUCGCACGUGGGCGGAGAUGAGUUCAUUACAGGGCCACGAUGAAGAUCAAGACGAGGAUGAACUUCUAGAACUCGCAAGAGACCUUGUUCAAUUAUCAAUCACGAAAUCUACUUCAGCGACCCCUGGAAAAAGCCCAAGUGCAGCAAACUCUGCAAUAGCUUCGACCCCUUUCCGAAACUUGCUACUAUCGGUUCCAGUUGCGUUGUCGUUACAGAUACCGUCGCCGCUAGACCUUUUUCUCGCCCCCUCGGAUGUGCAAAGCUAUUCCAGCAUCAACGCAUACCUACUAUCAAUACGCAGAGCCCAUCUACGAUUAACAGACCUUUGGAAAAUCACCUCACUCCGACGAGAGCAUCCCGCACCCCCCGGACCUCCGUACGGCAGCUCAACAACCGGUCGCAACAAAGUCCUCAGCCUACGCCAACGAGGAAAAGAACGAGCCGCCACCAUGCGCGGGGUAUGGGCAACCAGCAGCGCGGCCGUCUUCUUCCUCGGCGAAACCGAAGCAUAUCUCCAGGGCGAAGUAGUAGAGGGAACCUGGAUGGGAUUCAAAAACUGGCUCACGGGAGAAUCCGGUUCACGGCCUACGUCCUCCAAAUCCCAACUUGAAGACGAUGACGAUAUAUGGCUGCAAGCAGCUCGCGAAUCUACUGCUUCGAGGACGGGAAUUAGUCAGACGCAUGACCCGCAGAGUCUUGCGGAUGCUCACAGACGCUACAUUGCUGCUUUGACCAGUAGUCUAUUGCUGACCACAUCAACAUUCACGGAUCCACUCUACCAUCUCCUCGGGCAAAUCGAUCACCUGGUCGCGCUUGUACACCGCAUCUACUCCAUCUGGCAAUCUCUCGAUCUCGAAGCGGACGAGGGGGUCGUAGACGCCUUCUCUGAUUUCCACAAGGAGGAGAAGGAUGUGCGAGAGCAGAUGGGCAUCAUUACUGGUAGGGUGAAGACGGCUAUCGAGCUAUUGAUCAAGAGUCUGCGGGAUAUUGAUCAGGAGAAGGAGGGCUGGGAUAAUGGGUUCGCGGAGCUGGUGCUGGGGGAGGAAGGAGCGUAUGUGCCGGCCAAGGUAGGGAGGGUGGAUAGGCUGCUGAUGAAGCUUGAUUUUGGCGGCUGGUUUGAUGAUGCGAGGACGGUGAGGGAUGGGAGUGAAGCUGAAGCUGAAUAUGGGAGUGAGGAUGAUUGA